AUGACGGCAAAUGAUUACGCCUAUGAUAGGGAUUUGGAACUCGCUUUGAAACUUAGUAGACAAUCAUAUGAAGAGGAGUCACGGAAGCGAAGUGAAAGUGCAUGUGCUCAGGAUUUAAUUUGUUGGGAUGAUGUCGAAAAAAAUUCUGUGAUUCCAGAAGUCAAUCAGCUUAACGCCGAUAUUCGUAGCCAAUCUCUCACAUAUAUCCACGCAUUUCCAAAUGGACAGGCACCCCGUCAUGCGAACAUUCCAACAACGUCAAGAAAUGUAGGCUUUUAUCGGCAAAUAGAAAAUGGACCGGAAGAUUUGCAUUCCUUACAUCAUAGGCCGGGGUCGGAUAUACGUUAUCUGAAUACUUCUGGUACGCAACUGAAUAAUACUUCCGGAAUUACUUAUACUGAGGAGUUGGAUAGUGCUUCGGAUGCUGCUCUGAAAGCGUUAUCUACAUCGAGCAGUGCAGUUGUUGUACCUUUCUGUUCCUCUGUUAACAGUUUGCAAACAAGCAGCGAUUUGAUUGAUCUAAGCGAUAAAGAACCUUGGGAAGAAUUUGAUCCACUUUGUGUUGGUCGUUGUACCGAGAUUCGUGAAGCUUCAUCGACAUAUGAUCAAACCAAAGACACUGGAGUACUACAAAACAAAAACAGUGAUUCCUCGCCAUUUUUAUCUGUAUUGGGACUAUCGCAAUCGAUUUCAUCAUCCCGCUUAGUUAUUGCUGAUAGAGGCAGUGGGUCAGCUCCUUGUAAACCUCCGAGAGGUCAGAAGAAUGGACGAGAUAAAUUUGGAGAUUCUGUCGGACAACAUCAAAUUGAUUUUGACGAAAUACAGUUGCAAGAAAAUCCUUCAGAAGUUGAUCGUGAGAUUGCUUCUCUUCUCCGUCGCUCUCCUCAACAAUGUGAUCCAAUAUCAAGGCGUUUCAUAUCACCUGUCGUGGAUUACUUAAUCACAAGUUUUAAAGUUACUAGUGUAAAAGUAAUCGUUGAGAAAGAUUACAGUUGGCCAACAAUGUUAAGCGCAGACGAUAAGAUGACAUUCACCUGCGAAACUACAAGUACAAUUCAGUACAUUUUGGCAAAUGUGUUAAAUACAUUCCUUGAUCCCUCACAAAUAAGUAUGCUGCAGGAUCGUUUACCGGUCGAUGAAUAUGGUCUAAAAAUUUAUGGACUGGAUGAAUUUCUUCUUAGCACUUCUCAGCUUGGUGAAAAUCCAUUUGUUGGACAAGCACUUGCCUUUGGGAAAGAUAUACGACUUGAGGUUGGCAAAAUAGCAAAUGACAAUCGAUCCAAAAGAAUACAGCAGCUUGAUACACCAAGUACUGAUGGCAGUCCAAAACAUUCUUUGCAAAGCAGUUCCAAGAAACCUGAUUCUGUAGUGCGAACAAUGGCAAAUGUUCGAGAAAUUUUGGAUGCACUGAAAAGUUCAUUGUGUAGUUGUACGGGCACACAUCUUAACAAUGAUGCAAUGAAGAAUAGAGAAAGGGUAAACCAGUCAGUGAAGCUUCUUUGCACUGUUCUUGGACGCAUUAUGCCGAAUGAUCUUUCCGGAGCUCUGCGUUUAUUUCUUGCAGCAGGAACAGCCGUACAACUUUCAAACGCAACUGCAGAACUCCUCACUGCUGUGCAUAACUUUCUCGGUAUAUAUUGCAAAUCUGUACGAUGUGGAUUCAAUGUCCUACCCCUACAGACAUUUUUGAAUAGUGAGCGUGAACAACGAGAAAUCUUAACUGUGGAUGAGCAGCUAUUAGUGCACGUUGAUUCAGUCCACAAUAUACCACGGGAAUGGUCACAGCAGUUCAGUUUAUUCUCGGUCGCUGUCCAUGUAAUGCAUGGAACAUCAGAAAUAUGUCGAGGUUUCAAAGAAAAUCCCCGACCGAUCAUUAAUGAUCAUUUCUUUCCAUACUGUCGAACUAACACUUGGGCCUGCUUUCGCAUUCCACUUUGCAUUUUACCUAGAGAAACACGGAUUUUUAUCCUGCUUUAUGGAAAUAGCAGUUCAGUUUGCAAUGAUCAUGUUCACUUAUCGAAUGUAUCGACUGAACCACAGUCAUUACUUGAAAAGCAACUUGCUUGUGCUUCUUUUCCACUGUUCGAUCACGAAGGCUUACUUCGACAAGGAUCUCUUCUUUUACCGUUAUCUGUUAUCAAUGGUAAGGUGGUUCAUCCAUGGGGGCCUCGACCAUUAUUCGAAACAGUGGAUGAUCUCGUUGUACUUGUUACAUUACCGCAACUACAUUAUGAUGUUAUUUUCCCAUAUGUCAACUACGGCGAUAAUAGUCUGAAACGCGAUUUCAAUUCUCUUGAUUCUGAUACACAACAGAAUUUGCUUGAUAUUGUAGAAAGCGGAGUUACUCACAAUUUAACCGAAGAUGAAAAGGAAACUUUGUGGGAAAAGCGACAUUAUUUGACUCAGAUACCGGACGCUUUGCCUUUAGUACUUGCUUCUGCCGUUGGUUGGGAUUGGGCAUCACUAACAAAUAUUUAUCAGUUGCUGGAUGAUUGGAUGCCACUGAGUUCAGUGCAAGCGAUCGAGCUUUUGCUUCCACAUUUCCCGGAUCUCAUAAUUCGUUCGAAGGCUAUAUCAUGGCUUAAAAAUGCUUCAUCUGAUUUUCUAUUCAAUUUCCUUCCCGAAUUAGUCGAGGCUUUGCGAUUUGAAACAUUCGAAGAUUCGUCACUGGCUGUGUACUUACUGACGCUUUGUGCUGGCGACCGUCGUUUUGCUUUCGAACUUUAUUGGCAGUUGCAACAGCGGAUAGACCAGAGUCAAGAAAGGAGUUACUCAAAUCGAUGCAGUUUAUUGCAGCAACAGCUUCUUAACCUAUUAGAUGAAGAAUUCAAUAUUGAUAUUGAAAAUCAGCAUCGGCUUUUGCAAGCGUUAAAUGCUGCAUCUUGUGAAAUGAAGGAUGCGGGUGAUGCCAGCAAAAUGCAGUUAACUCUUCAACGACAUCUUGCUUUACUUGAUGCUCGAAUACUGGAAAACAACGUACGCCUCCCCCUUUUGCCGUCGUUUUUAUGUACUGGCGUAAGUGUAUCAGAAUCGAGUUAUUUCAAUUCACUGACAAAACCGAUAAAAGUAAUAUUCAAAGGCUUGAAAAGUUCACUUGCGGUUCUGUAUAAGGUUGGUGAUGAUAUGAGGCAAGAUGCAUUCGUGUUACAAUUAGUGAAAAUGAUGAAUGAUAUAUGGUUAAGUCAGGAGCUCGACCUUAGAAUGGUCAUUUUUCGCUGCAUACCUCUUGGAAACAAAAGCGGAAUGGUAGAACUGGUUUCUGAUUGCCGUACAUUAUGUGAAAUUCAAAGUGCCGUCGGUGCUGCUGGUGUAUUUAAGGAUGAUCUGCUGAAAAAGUGGCUAGAAAUGCAUAAUCCUUCGGAAUUUCAGUAUAAAAUAGCAUUGCAGAAUUUUCAUUUAUCUUGCGCAGGUUGGUGCGUUGCUACUUACGUACUCGGUAUUGGCGAUCGACAUAAUGAUAACAUAUUGGUUACCAGAACAGGUCAUGUUUUCCAUAUUGAUUUUGGCAAAUACAUGGGUGACUGGCAAACGGCUGCUGGAUUCCGACGAGAUCGCACACCUUUCAUUUUUACCAGUGAUAUGGCUUACGUCAUUAACGAAGGUUCGCCUCAGUCAGCAACAAGCCGUUAUCAGCAUUUCGUUGAUAACUGUUGUAAAGCCUUCAAUUUACUUCGAAAGAAAUAUUCAUUGCUCGUAAACCUCAUGAAAAUGAUGUCUUGUUCGGGUAUCGCAGGCAUGAAUUUGGAGGCUGUCAAUUUUGUGCAAAGCAAUUUACUUUUAAAUUUAACUGAUACACAGGCAACUGUUCAGUUCACACGAAUGAUUGAAGAAAGUUUGAAAAGCAAAUUUCCUCGGCUGAAUUUCUUCGCUCAUACUUUGGUGCAGAUGAAGAGUACUCCAUCAAUAUUACGAUGCGGAUAUGAUGAUCCCAAUAAACUUUCCUUCAUCCAGCAGUUAUAUACAAUGAAAGAUGAUGGACGUAUCACAAGGGUUGACGUGCUGGCGUUUGAGAAAUGGCAUAUACCGGAAAAAGUUUACAUGUACAAAGUCGAAGUGAACCGAGAGAACGAAAUGGUCUGCGGUAUUGUGUACAGGUCGUUUGUGGAAUUCAAUGAACUUUAUAUCAAAUUGUGCAGGAGAUUUCCAUUUGCACAUCUACCACCACUCUCACAAGGGACGAAUGUUGGUCGCUCAAAUAUACGCAAGGUUGCAGAAAGAAGACAAGCGGAUUUGCAACAAUUCCUGAAUGUGCUCUUUGAAUAUCAUCCUGAGGUGGCAAGUAGUGACUUGGUCUACUCAUUCUUCCAUAUGAUUUUUCGCGACAGUGCACCUGAAGAGUCAAAUCAAUUUUUGCAGUUGACAAAAGUGGAUGAGGACGAUAUACCGUCGAAGAAAGUAACUGGCCGCAUCUUUUUGAGACUUACUUAUGACCAACAGGAUGGUGAUUUGAAUAUAUUCGUUGGUCAUGUCAGGGGAUUAAAAAUCAUUAACGGCCAAGCACCAGAUUCUUACGUCAAAACAUAUCUGCAUCCCGAUGUGCAAAGAAGUUCGAAACGAAAAACGCAUGUUGUAAAAAAUACUCAAAUGCCAACUUUUAACGAGGAGCUGAAUUACCAGCUGUUGUCUGAUAUGAAUUUGAUUGAUCGGGCAUUGGAAGUAUCAGUUUGGAACUGUAGUUCAUUGGUUGGUGAAAAUUCAGUGAUUGGUUCUGUUCAUAUUCCAUUGCGUAGGCUAUUGGAUACCCCUACGGAUCGUAAAGGGAUCAAAAUUCUGGAUGGUUGGUUCAAUUUGAGUACAGGUUCACGAUAA